AUGCAAAUCUCAAAAUACUUGUGUAUUAUGAUUAUUGGUGCUAUUGUGAUUGCUACUAGUGCAUCAUCAUCAACAAACACAGGCAACUGUAAUGAUAAGAGCGAUGAACAACCAUCAUCUGGUUCAAAUUCAGCAGAACAAAACUCUAAUACUAAUCAACAGUCAACUACCACAAAUACAACUAAUCAAUGUACCACAGGAGAUCAGUACUGUUGUAAUAACGUCGACAACUCAAAGUCAGCAUGUUCAAAUUCAGGCAGUGGUGAUCAAACUACAGGAUGUCAACAAAACAUGUAUUGUUGUCAAAACAUUAAUUGUAACGCUCUUAUUAUCAUUCAAUGUUCACCUAUCACGAUUAUUCUUUAA